AUGCUGCUCCUGUCAAACGCAGCUUCUCCCCCCCCCUCUCGUUCUCCUCCCUCUAUAGUUCCGGGUCAUUUCACGUGACCUCUCCUCAUCACCACCUCCUCUUCACCUCAUCCUCCCCAAGUAAACAAUUCCGCAUCAGUUCAGUUAUGUCUGCUAGCAGCCCUCGAUUCUUAUCUUAGAAAAAGGCCGCCCCAAAGUGCUGAGUUUACCCAGAGCUCUGUCAGAAGUAAAAAAUAUGGGAUAUGUUCAUAUAUGAAAUGGGGAGAGGAAUAUAUGCAAACUGAGAAAAUAUGUAAACUAUAGUUGACAUAGGCCUACUAUAUUUUUGAAAUGAUCGUGCAAAAUGCGUCGCGUCGACCUUGCAAUUAAAUUAGCUUUUACAUUAAUAAACAAAAUCCGUGGAUGUUCGGCUAUUAUGUAGCCUACUCUUAAUCGCUUAAUGUCUUUUACUCUUGAAUAAAUGAAUGCACCAGGACAUCAAGUUUUUUUUCGCCCGGGAAAUGGCUACAUUAUGUAUGUGAUUAAGUGUAUUUAUAAAUAGGCUCACUCUCACCCCACGUUGCAUUCAUAUGAAGCCGAUAUUUGUGAAUGGGAGUGAAAAUCGUGGCUUUCGUGCGGGGACGACGUUAUUACCAGUUCUAAGAAAUGUUGUAACAUAUUAUUCAUGGAGGAAAUAUAGAAGAGAAAAAAAAAAGCUUUUUUACCCCGAAAUGUAGGCCUGUGUGGAUGUCAGUCUGACCACCCUCCCCCCCCCCGCUGAUGGUACAGUCUUGGUUCAUUCAUAAAAUUCUAGCAGAGCAUAAAAGGAGGGGCUUGCAUUCAAGUCGUCCAGUUACCAGGUAUAUACCUGGAGGAAAAACCCGAGCCGCUCUGCCCAGCUGAAGGCCAGAGUCAUAUUUGUCAUUGAUCAGGACUUGUUUUUUUCCCUCGUGAUUUAUCCUAACAACCUGACGGCCUGACAUGGAUUCAAUUCCCCCCACCUGCCGGACAGAGUCUCCUGUCGGGACACUCUUCCAGAAGACGCCAGAAGAGGCGAGCUCUCCAGCUUCCUCCUUAGAGAGUAAUGCAAAGGAGCUCUGCCGAGACAUGAGUGUUGAAGACGCUCCAUUUGUUCCAACAGUCACUGCAAUUUCCUCUACCCCAGAUUUCCAGUGGAUGGUCCAGCCUACGAUUAUUACAUCUGUCUCCCCGUCUCUGGGUAGCAAGCAAGCCAAUGAACCACAAAGCUCUCACCAGGCAACACCCAAAGUGGGCGGGAACAAGGGCAAAAAUGCUGUCAGAAAGGGGAAAACAGAGCAGCUGUCUCCAGAGGAGGAAGAGAAAAAGAGGAUAAGGAGGGAGAGGAAUAAAAUGGCUGCAGCAAAGUGUCGCAACAGACGGAGGGAACUUACUGAUACACUGCAAACUGAGACCGAUAAGCUGGAGGAGGAAAAAGCAGCCCUGGAGACGGAAAUAGCCAACCUCCUCAAAGAGAAAGAACGACUUGAAUUUAUCCUCGCCACACAUAAACCGGGGUGCCAAAUGUCAGAAGAGUUGGAGUCUAUUUUCCAGGAGCCCACGGGGUCCCCGGGGCUACCGCUAAGUCCAGACGAGGACAGACUUCCAGAGGAUGGCACACAGGAAGCUCCUUCGCUCCAGGAGAUGGACAUCCCCAGUGAUCCGUCCACAGCCAUCUCUGGGAACUCCAAUAUCUUGCUGUGUGCCAGUGCUGAAAUCAACAUCUGCGAUCUUGAGUCCUCUCUGGACAUUAAAGAGGGGCUGCUGGAAAAUAUGUUACCCAGUUUGGAGGAGAGAACCCCCAUGGAGACAGCGCGAUCCGUGCCUGACAUAGAUCUCAGCAGUUCUCUUGGGGUCUCGGACUGGGAGACCCUGUACAAGUCUGUUUCCAGCGACCUGGAGCCUCUCAGCACUCCUGUGGUGACCUCCACCCCCACCUGUAGCAGCUACCUGUCUGUGUUCACAUUUGCGUGUCCCGAGCUAGACUCUCUCACAGAGGGACUGGACAGUCAUAAAGGUGGAGGGGGCAAAACAGAAUCUGUUGAUCUCCUCAACUCUCCAACUCUCCUAGCCUUAUAAUGUACAGAGUGAAGGGAUCCGUGUGAUCUCUCUGGUUUUUCUGUUUGCAGGUUCCUGACUUUGAAAUGACAUGAACAACAUAUGCUGUAACACUUCAAGGAAUACCUUCAUGAAAUGUCUUGUGUGUGUGUGACUAAGCAAACAUAUUAACUUUCUCCAGAUGCAUAGCCAACAGAGUGAUGUAGCGAAAAGCAUGGCUUUUUACAGGAGGGACUGAAGUAAGUUUUGAUUUUAAAACGCAUGCUGAGAAAUUCCAAAUAAUUUUCAGAGCUUCUAUAUAUCUGAUCUGUUACUAGAUCUAAUAUGUAAUGUGGAAUUUAAUGUUUCAGUAUGGUUUUGUGUUUUGGUGUCAAUAGUGUAUUGAUUGCUGUAAAUGUUGUAUUUACAUAUUCAUCCACGUUAAGUACCUACAUACCUCAAUGUCAUCAACUGUGGUUUGACCUCAUUGAAAGUUUUCCAUGAAAACAUCCAGUGCUAUAUGCUAUAUAUCUUAUCAAGAUGUACCCUAUGAUUUAUUUUUUUACCUUUACAGAUUAUGAUUUAUUUGUUAAAUUUAAAAGUCAAAAUGAGCAUUGAUUGCUUAUCUAUGCUGCUAAAUAAUUACAAUAAAUCAACAUUCACAGUGGUGUUUGCAA